AGCGCCGGGGGCGCAGCGCGGGGCCCCGCGAGCCGGAGCAGAGCCAGGGCAGGGGCGCAGGUGCCGAUGCAAAGCCUAUAGGACAGUCCCACAGCGAGAGCAAUGAUGCGGGGGUGGCAGAUGGUCGACGACACCAGAGAGGACGCGGUGAACACCGGAGACACACCAUCACCAAUGGUGUGGAUUACAGCAUGCUGAAGCAAAUGAAGGAGCUGGAACAGGAAAAGGAUGUCUUGCUUCAGGGGCUGGAGGUGGUGGAGCGUGUCCGGGAGUGGUACCACCAGCAGAUCCAGAUGGUGCAGGAACACCAGAAAUACCUGGGCAAAAACAAAGCCAACAAUGACUUCCUCCCAGAAGGGAGCCAAAGCCACCUGGGCCGCCUCCUACCUAAGCUGCAGGAAGUGAUCCACUGCCUCUCUGAGCUCCUCGCCACCUCGGGGAAGCCUCUGAAUUCCCCAUCAUCAGUGGUGAACAGACUGGUUGCUCCUGUCCCCACAGCAUCUCUUGCCUUGGCAGGGAACCAGCAAGCCAUCAACAUGCUGAAGGAGCAAAAUCGGCUUCUCACAAAGGAGGUGACAGACAAGAGUGAGCGGAUCACCCAGCUGGAGCAGGAGAAAUCCUCCCUGAUCAAACAGCUUUUCGAGGCACGGGCCCGCAGUAACCAUGAAACGAGCCAGCUGGACUCCACCUUCAUCUAGCCUCCAGCUCCCCCUGAGCCCCUUGCCAGAGCUCUGGCGGGGAAUAGUGCAGGGACCCAAGUGCUGCAGAAAGCGGCCCCCAGCCCCAGCACUUGAGUUUCUGUGGGUCCCAGGCUUCCUGCAGGUCCCUCUAGGGCUAUGGCUCUUGUCUAAGACUCAUCACUCUUCAGCACCUCAGUUCUGGCAGGGACUGUGAUGCUGACAAAACACUUGGACAGACUGUCUGUGUGUCUGACAGAGAGAGACCCUGACACAGGCCUUUCUAGAGGCCAGUGGCACCUACUCUCCUACUCUCACUGGACAGCAUUACGCUGCUGCUAUUCCUGCCCUGAAACUCCAGUGAUCUGCCAGUCUUCCGGCUUUGCUCUCUGGGUGCCUGGGGCAUUGUCAGGCUCAGUGUGCUCCUCCCUCUACAGUUGGGCAGCACACCUGGAAGCUGGGAUGGCCUUGCUCUUUUUUGCCUGACUUGGGUGAAGGCCAAUUGCUGUGGGAAGAAGACUGUUUUCAUUUAACACUCCAUUGAGCACUGAGGGUACCAGGAUACUUGCCUGCCCACCAGUCUCUUGCUUGGUUGUCCCACAGGCGUAGACUGGAUCACCCAUGAUGGUAUACUCUAGUUCUGCUCACAGCCAGUGCCCUGCCUGCUUGUGGCAUCAAAAUGAGACCUCACAACUGUGGCUGGCACAGCUCUUCAUGGUACGAUCAUCCCUCAUGGGUUUACACAAUGUUUACACUUCAGCUGGCCUACUGAGUGAAGGAGGCAAUUCCUACCUCUGAGCUCUUGUUCAAGCUGCCUGCAGACAUUAUGGACAGGGGGGAGUUUUUCCUUGUGACCAAAAGGGUCAAAGUUAAUUUUUGAAAUGAAAGGCUAGGAUCUGUAGCAUGACAUAGCAGUUAGUGAGCCCCUGAAGCCUCAGAGCAGAGCACCCAUAGGACUAAGAAACCUCCUGAAAGCAUAUAGGCUCUUCCUUUUCCUAACCCUGCCCCAGCUGGGGAAAACAUGGCUGUCUUGCACCUCUGAACAUAGCAACCUCCUUUGUGACCUACAUCCCUCUUCUAUGUUUACAUGGCAGGUAGGGUUUGGGGAAGCAGGUGCUAUGAAAGAGGGGGACAGGCACUGCUCAUGGCAUCUAAUUUCAUGUUUAUGGUCUCAUUCACUGAAUCACCUAACAGGGCCUGGACAUGUUCUGUAGAGUUCUCAGUACAGUGAAGGAUGCUAUAUUGUAGCCCAACUCCUGUUUUCCUUCCCUGGGAGCUUUUAUCUUCCCAGCUGCUACCCUUUCCAAAGUCCAGCCUCUCUCCAAGUGUUUACCUUGAUCCUUAGCAUGUGACUUCUGCCUUCUGUACAAGUGCUGCUACAACAGCUAGGGUUGGGGGCAGGAAAGAGGAAAAAAGUCCAGAGGGUGCUGUGUGUUCCUGUGGCUGUUCACAUGCACUGGGUCUAGUCUUUACUCACCAGCACUCGGGUGGAAACAGGUCUCUGCUGCUUACCUGUUGCUCAGUCUCCACAAUGCCUCCAUUGAACUGAUCAAGUCUUCAGCAAAGAGGCUGUAAGAUGUAGGCCUCUUACAGCUACUCUCUUUGUCUUCAAUUAAUCCAGUUGGUCUCCAUUAAUAAAGCUGCUAACUCCAUUCCCACUCCAUCACCUCCCUAUGCCUCCCCCACCCCCCUUUUACCCUCCUCCCACAUCUCAGUUUAUGUAGGAUGGACCUUUUUUUUCCAGACAUUGCAGCUGAGAGAGCAGCAUAACAUAUUUUUCUGUAGCCUGCCUGACAACCCAGCCCCCAAAAGAACAGCCGUCUCUCAGGAAGAGUAUGGAGCGUACAACAUACAGCACAGUGGAGCCUGAAUACCCACAAAUGAUUCUGGGUGUUGCUGCAAUAGUAAUAAGGGCCCUUCUGCAAACAGAAAAUCAUGAUGGAAUCUGGUUACUGGGCACAAGCUGCUUCUGGCAAUAAGCACUGGUUCAGCCAGAGGGUCCUGACAAUAGCAGCAGGAGACUUGGGCUCUGAGAGCCAAACCUACCCAUUUCUGGUAAGGGGGUGAGACUGAAGCCUGGUUUUGUUGUUCUGGCCAUUCACCAGGUUUCUCUGCUGUGUGAACAAGCUGAACUCAGAGGCCUCAGCCUCCUGGUCUACAGAGAUGCUGUAGGAAGACCUCAACGAAGGGAAGGAUUUUAGGUUUCAAGGUAAUGUUCUGGUGCAUGUCUACAACACAGCAGGUUCCCCGGGACCUUCCCGCUCCCCUGUAGCCAUCCCGUUGAGAUCUCCAAGCCCUGCUGUCCAGAGCCUCUGGGGGUCCCCUUCCCUUCUGUCCUGAACUCCCUGCUCUGCUCUCAGAGCUGCCCUACCUCCCACUGCUAUGGGCAUUAGGAAGUCCCUACCUUAAAUGUUUACAGCCUGGACUAGCUGCCAGUCCUGUAUGUAGCAACAGCUGCUCCCUCGGGGAGGUUUUAUUGUGUGUAUGAAUGACACUGUGAUAGCUCACAAUCUCUUUUUAUAUUUCAAAUAAACA